GUUUCGCCCACAUUUUCAAAAUUCAUCACGAACCUCGCAUCCCGCCCGCCUUUCCACAACCGCUCGACCAACGACCAACGAGACACAGUCAAGAUGGGUAUCUCUCGGGACUCUCGGCACAAGCGCGCCGCUACCGGUGCCAAGCGAGCUUACUACCGGAAGAAGAGAGCCUUCGAGGCGGGCCGUCAGCCUGCGAACACCCGUAUCGGUGCCAAGCGCAUCCACACCGUCCGCACCCGCGGCGGUAACCACAAGUACCGUGCGCUCCGUCUCGACUCGGGCAACUUCGCCUGGGCCUCGGAGGGAUGCACCCGCAAGACUCGUGUUAUCGAGGUGGCCUACCACCCCUCUAACAACGAGCUUGUCCGCACGAACACCCUGACCAAGUCCGCCAUCGUCCAGAUCGACGCUGCGCCCUUCCGCCAGUGGUACGAGGCCCACUACGGCCAGCCGCUUGGUCGCCGUCGCCAGCAGAAGCAGGGCCAGGCCGUCGAGGAGGUCAAGAAGAGCAAGUCUGUCGAGGCUAAGCAGGCUGCCCGCUUCGCCGCCUCCGGCAAGGUCGACUCCGCCAUCGAGAAGCAGUUCGAGGCCGGUCGUCUCUACGCCGUCGUCUCCAGCCGCCCCGGCCAGUCUGGCCGCUGCGAUGGCUACGUCCUGGAGGGCGAGGAGCUCGCCUUCUACCAGCGCAAGCUCCACAAGUAAGCGUUGGGCAAGGGAGGAAUGAGUACGACGGGGAAUGGGAGGAACAAGUCUGGGCACGGGGGCGAGCAACGGCGUUUCGCCAGGUGUUGAUGGGUCAUUUCUGGGAUGAAAAAGGCGGUCAUAGCAACGUCAUUUCCAGUUGCGUUGUCACCGGUAACAGGGCAUGGCAGGGAUAUAGGGCAAUGGAAAAUAAAUACCCCCACCAUGAGCAGCCCCCCGCAGUCAAUCGAUCCAGGCUUGAUACUACGAA